AUGGCAGACGGCUGCCUCCUUCUUGUUGAUGCUGCGGAAGGCCCCAUGCCGCAGACAAAGUUCGUGCUCAGGCAAGCACUGAAGCUGGGAAAGAGGAUCAUCGUGUGCAUCAACAAGGUGGACAAGCCUGCGUCACGACCAGAUUGGGUCUUGGACACCACCUUCGACCUCUUCGGCUGCUUGGGCGCAGAUGAUGAGGCUUGCGACUUCCCUGUAGCCAUGGCCUCAGAUGAGCUUGCAGGGUGGGUUUAG